AUGCGACGUGACUUAUUUGCCGCUGCGGCUAUUAUCGCAGUGGCAGAGCGAGCACUCGCUGCUCCUGGAGCACACAACGGGCCAGAGACCGAGGCACAUCGGCUCUCCGCGCGAAAUAUUGUUGACGACAUUGCAGACGACUAUGACUUUGUCAUUGUUGGUGGAGGCCUGGCCGGCCUCGUCCUUGGUGCCCGUCUGUCAGAAGACGCGAAUCAUACGGUGCUCGUCCUCGAGGCCGGCGGUAAUGGAGACGAGUUUCGAGAUCGAAUAGAUAUUCCCGGCGAUGCGUACUACGACUCUCUCUGGCCAACGGAGCUGAAUUGGGAUUUCUAUACCGUUCCUCAAACAGGGGCGAACAACACCUCAUGCGAAUGGCCUCGUGGCAAGGUGCUUGGAGGUUCUUCCGCCAUCAACGGACUGUAUAUGAACCGGCCAGGUGAACACGAGCUUAAUGCCUGGCAAGACUUGGUCAGCGACUUGGACGGCGCUGACAAUUGGACGUGGGACUCGUUCUAUGCCGCCAUGAAGAAGAGUGAGACUUUCACUCCUCCAGUGGACGGUGUCGUCCAAGAGGCUGCCAUCACCUGGGAUGCUUCGAGUCACGGAUCUAAAGGGCCCAUUCACCAGUCGUACCCUGGCUACACCUUCCCUUAUGUUGGCAAGUGGUCCACUGCCGCACAAGCCGCCGGAGUCCCUCUUACCAACGACCCCUAUGGCGGGCAAAACUGGGGCGCCUAUGUGGCAACGUCUGCCAUCAACCCUACCAACUGGACACGGUCGUACAGUCGUUCCGGCUAUCUCGAUCCCCUUCCACCGCGUGCCAACUACGCCGUGCUAGCCAAUGCCCAUGUCACCCGGAUCCUCUUCAACUCUUCCUCACCCGCAGGUAACCUGACAGCGAAGGGUGUCGAGUAUACGCGCGAUGGCGGUGCGACCAAAUUGACUGUCGGGGUCAAGAAGGAGGUCAUAUUGGCCGGCGGUACCAUUGGCAGUCCCACCGUUCUUCUCUACAGCGGCAUUGGGCCUAAAGAUGUCCUUUCUGCUGCUGGAGUUCCAAUCGUGGCCGAGCUGCCUGGUGUGGGUCAGCAUCUCCAAGACCAUGUGAGCGUCACUGUGCAAUGGACUACCGACAAUCCGACUGCAGGUUCUUUGUUCGCCGACAACGGCACUGAGACGACCGACCCUGUCUUCCUCUCGUACGUCAACGAUGCUGUGGCGUAUGUCAACGCCUCUGUCCUCUUUGGCAACAAGGCGAGCGACCUCAAGACGAGCAUCCUGAGUCAGUUCGAUCAGUUUGCCACUAGUGCGAGCUCCGACACGGGCGUCGUAGCUGGGUACAAGGCCAUCUACGACACAACAGCCAACGAUAUUUUCAACGGCCCCACUGGCCUGGUGGAACUGCUGAUCGGAAACAACGUUGACGGCGCCAUUCGCAUCGGUGCUGCUCUGCAGCAUCCGUUCAGCCAUGGCUCCAUCACCAUCAACUCGUCAAAUCCCUUGGACUAUCCUGUCAUCGACCCCAAGUAUCUGACACACCCUGCUGACGUCCAAAUUCUCCGCGAAGGCAUCAAGCUGGCACGCCGCAUCGGCGAGACCGAGCCAUUGAGCAGCGAAUUGAAGAGUGAGGACUAUCCUGGAUCUGACGUCCAAACUGACGAGGAAUGGGAGGAUUGGAUGCGCGGCGGUGUCUUCACCGAGUUCCACCCCUCAUCAACAUGUUCCAUGCUUCCUCUGGACCAGGGUGGAGUGGUGGACGCCAAUCUUCGGGUUUACGGUCUAGCCAAUGUUCGCGUUGCCGACGCCAGUGUGCCACCCAUCGCGUUCUCUGCGCAUCUGAUGGCUUCGACCUACGGGCUGGCCGAGCAGGCGAGCAGCUUGAUCCGCGCAUACCACAACAAAAAGGCUCCAGUCGUCACCCAUGCCAGCUCAAAAAACUCUACCGAUGGCUCGAAAAAUAGCAAGGCCACGGCAACAACAUCCAUCUCAGCCUCGACUUCAACUUCUGCACCCAGCAGUACCUCCACCAGCACCAGCAGUGCGUCAUCGUUGAACCAUCAACCAUGGUCAUUCUUCAUUGUCGUGGCUGCGCUCAUGGUUUCGACGUUAGUGUCCUCGAUUUAG